AUGUUAAAUUAUAUUCAACCAAUACUUGAUUUUUCAUUUUAUUUAUUUUUUGGAAUCUACUUUUCAGGUCCAGAGGAAUAUGAAUUAUAUUAUAGAAUAUUUGCAGUUUGUAAAAUACAAUCUUAUAUAAUUAGGUGCUUGCUUAUUCUACAUAUUCAUUUUCUUUCCUAAUAAAUUCAAAUUAUUUUAAGUAAAUUCUUAACUCUUAUCAAUUGGAACAGGAUGUGUUGCUUUGGCCAGCUUUGUUCUGAGUAUUUUUCUCAGUUACGAAGACAUAUUUUUUGCUUAUUGCUAUUGGUCAACGUUAUUGAUUAGUUGUGGAAUUGGCACAUUCUUGGUUAAAACAAAAUACAAAUCAGAGUGA